CUCGAUUUCAAAAUCGCCUUCAAUAUGUCGAACGAAGACCAAAGUAUACGCGGCCUGUUCUCGAAGGCUGAACGCGCCCGGCAGGAGCUGGGAGCCUCGUACGAGCCAAACAGCCCGAUCUACCAAGAAAACCUCAGCAGCACUAUCGCCACAUACAUACAAUGUCUGAAGAAGGCGGAGGAUUUUUCUCUGUUCAGUCCAAACGAGACACUCGAAGAUGUGACAUCUUCUGACAUCCAGUAUAUGUCCAUCAACUAUCACUUGGCGGAACUUAUCCAAAAAGUGUUUACCCCUGAAGUGUCAGCACGGAAAGAGCACCUUCUACAAGCAAGAGCGCGCUAUGAGCUUUUCUUGAAGCUCUUAGACUCUUACGACAUGCUUAGCAAAGGCGAUGCAAAGCUCUUCGAGUCGUACAGCGAAGACAAGCAGAACUUCUCCACAGUCAGCACAAAAGAUGCCGCUGCAAGAAGAGAUGUGAAAAUUGCAAGGUUUCGGGAAGAGAAGGAGCUGGAACGGAAGCUUGAGUACCUGCAACAGAACCCAAAGCUCGCAGAACAAGAUGACCAAGUCGUCCGGGAACUGAACUUGACCAAAGUUGCCUUCAUGGUUCACCAGACAUUCCAAUCGCUUGAGUCACUCGCUCAAGAACUACACAUCAUCUCACUAGCGCCACCUGCGCUCCCACCAGGGCAGCAUGCACGUCCACAAGACGGCCGUGAAGACGGCAGAGACAAAGACGGUUACUCGGAACGUCUUGAUGGCCAAGUUGGCGGCCUGAGAUACUCCGGACCCAUUCUCAGCAGCGAUGGCAAGCCUAUGCGACCUUUCACACUCCUCGACAACCGCCAAACCCUUAAGAAAAACGUCUUCCGGCCGGACCACAGCUUACCGACUAUGACCAUUGACGAGUAUCUCGAAGAGGAGAAGCGUCGUGGCGGUAUCAUUGAGGGUGGAGGUCCCCAGUCGGAGAUUAGACCUGAGCCCAAUGAGGAUGAUCUCGAUGCGGCCGAUGCGGAGACAAUGAAGGCACGCGCGUGGGACGAGUUCGUCGAAGAAAACCCCAAGGGCUCCGGCAACACGAUCAACAGAGGCUGAACGACGAUCAACAGAGGCUGAACGACGAUCAACGUUAGAUUAGAUACCCAACAAUAACACUUUACAAUCAAGCGG